AUGUCAAGACACGUCACUACCAUCAAGUCUCAAGACCCUCAUUUCCUUAAUUCUCAAUGGAUCCAACUUGAAAAACCAAGAGAAACAAGUACCCAAGCAUGCCUCACUAUUGGCCAGGCCAUAGUCUUUAACGCUAAGAAACGAUCAACUGCUGAUCCAGAGGCAAAACCAAGACAUUCGUUAGAGUGCGAGCCACCACUCCCUGUUUACAUUGGCUUGAACAUACAUGGCCUGACCAGAAGUAAGCAUCUUAUCAAUCAGUUGCACCAGCUGGGAAUCUGCAUUUCCUACGAAAGGGUUUUACAGCUUGAAGACUGGAUUGCAGGUCACUAGUCUCUCUAGCAUCAUAAGGAAGAUGGGAAACCCUUUCUUGGCCGAUUUUUCAGAUCUUGUGUCCCUAGACACAAGAAGGGAAGGAAGGAAGAUUAAAGCUCUUGAAAAUAAUGUGUCUCUUUUUGGUCAGUUGUAUAUCUCAAUGCAGAGCCGUGAAGGGUAUUUGGAAGAAUUCUUUUCUCAUGAAGUCCAAUCCUUUCCUCCCUCAUUGUCAGAAUUCGGCAAACUUUAUUUUCCGGGCACAAAGUCUGAACUGAUGAAAUGCCUUGAGCCACUACAUGAAUCUACCCCACCUGAAACAUUCAGCUGUAAAGUAUUGGAUGGUGCUGUCAUCGUACACUGCUUGUCCAUCGCUGGAAUUACAACAUUCAAAGAAUACUCAGAGAAGGCUUUCAUCCCUCAUCUUCAGAGUCACCUACAAGGAACAGAAAGGUUGGACGUUGUAUGGACCACAUACAGACCGGAAAGUUUAAAGGAGUCGACUCGUCAGAAGAGAGGAAAGGGGGUCCGCAGAAAGGUAUCCGGAGAAACCAAGUUACCACGAAACUGGUCAGACUUUCUGCAUGAUUCAUCAAACAAGAAAGAGCUGUUUGACUUUCUAACCUAUAAAGUGGCAAACUUUGUCUUCCCCGAGGGAAAGGCCGUUUACAUCACUUCGGAAGAGUCAGUGCUAACGGUAUGCUCAUCCAGUCCCAUGUCAAACUGCAAUCAUGAAGAGGCCGACACAAGAAUUGUGGUUCAUGUACUACACACACUUCAGCAGGCAUUGACGACUGUGCAAGUUCGCACUGUGGACACUGAUGUUGUUGUUGUCCUCAUUGGUGUCUUUCACAAGCUGUUACUGUCACAGCCCAAGGCUGAUAUUUGGGUCGCCUUUGGAGUGGGAAAGAACUACAGACUUUACAGCAUCAAUGCUCUGUCCACCAGCCUUGGCACAAAAAGGUCACAAGCACUACCAAUGCUUCACGCGAUUUCUGGAUCCGACACAACCCCUGCUUUUUGGGGAAAAGGGAAGAAGUCGUUCUGGCAAGCUUGGAUGGCGUUUGAAGAGGUUACAGACACUUUUGUCUACCUAGCUUCACAUCCUUUUGAGCUCCUUGAUUCCAACUGUGAGAACUUUCGUAAGAUUGAGCGGCUGAUCGUCCUCGUCUACGACAAAACGAGCACUUCACUUUCAAUCAACCAGACAAGGAGGGAACUGUUCUGUUUAAAGAACGUCACGAUGGAAAGGAUGCCACCGACGCAGAAUGCCCUCCUACAACACACGAAGAGGGCUGUCUACCAAGCUUGUAUCUGGGUUACAAGUACCCAAGUACAGCAGAUGAUUCCUUCCCCAAGCGACCAUGGCUAG